AUGGCAGAAAAAUUAGCGACGGAACUGAUCGUAUGCAGCAUACUGUACAUUGCAUGUCUUACAUAUUCGUUUUACAAAAACUACGAGCUUAGCAACAACACGCUUGUGAACUACAGAACUCUUGAACGCGGCUGGUCAAUAUUUGCUGGUCGACGACGCGAUGACUUUGAUUGGGAAUGGGAGCAUUAUAUAUCGUUCAUUAACCGGCAUGGAGCAUAUUUUUUCAUUCAUGCCGGUUUAACGGAGCUAUGUCGCAAAUAUUGUAAAAAGUAUAUUUCCAUUGUUUUAACUAUAUUUGGAUUGAUCGUGUUAUAUCGCAUGUACAACAUACAGGUGUUGACGGUGCUCGUAUUGCAGUGCCUUUCCUUUUAUUACGGAAAUCCUUCAAAAGGAUACCGACGAACGAUUUGGUUAAAAACAUUCCUAUGGAUCGCCUUAAUUAACAUUUUCAAGGUGUGGUAUUUUUACGACAAAUUGAACGUCCAUCUCAACAUUAAUAACGAUCAAUUGCUGGAACUGAGCCUUAUCUCCUCAUGGAAUGUGAUCAAAUGUAUUAGUUUUUGUUUAGAUAAGCAUAAUGUUGGGCAUGAGGAGGAACAUUAUGGCUUGUGCGAUCUGUUCGGCUACGUAUUGUAUUUCCCAUUGUUAAUAAUGGGACCUGCCAUAGUAUACAGUCGUUUUAGAACCAUACAUCUCCCUAAAUCGAAUCCUGCUGGGUUUGGCGUUAGACUAUACGCACUUGCCAAACGCCUGGUAAUGGCUUCAUUUUGGGCAUUUGUUAUGUUAGCAGGACAACACUUCCUUUAUGUGAACCUCAUUCAGCAAGAUCUCUUACUACUGCAAACGGUCAAUCUAUGGGCGCUCUAUGGGCUAGGGUUUUUGAUGGGACAAUUUUUCUAUAUAAAGUAUGUAGUAUUCUACGGCGUAGGAAUUGCAUUCGGCAGAUUCGAUGAGAUUGACAUGCCCGCCAAACCGAUCUGUAUCGCGCGAGUUAAUCAGUAUUCAGAUAUGUGGAAGCAUUUCGAUAAAAGCCUCUACGAGUUCUUAUCCAAGUAUAUCUAUUUUGAACUUUGCACGAAAACGUCUGAACUACCGCGGAAAAUACUUGCCAGUCUAGCUACUUUCGCAUUCAUUUAUAUUUGGCACGGAGUAUUUUUGUUCAUCCUCAUAUGGUCUCUGAUUAACUGGGUGUGUAUAUUGCUUGAAAGAUUGGUGAAUCAUUGCACACCCGCAAAAAGCCGUUGGCGAGCAAUCAUUGGAACGCAUGUGUUCAUUCCUUCGGUACUUUCAAAUUUUUUCUUCUUUGCAUCUGAGCAAGUAGGUUUUAUUUAUCUCCAGCGAACGUACACCGAAGAUAUCACUAAUUACUUAGGGCUGUAUGCUGCUUCGUAUUGUUUCUACCAAACAGGCCAAUUAGUAAAGAUUAUUCAAACGAACCGUGCGAGUAAACGCGAAUGA